UUAGGCCUUUUCUAUAUGAUUAUCAAACACAUUGUCGAUCGCUAUAACAUCUACUAUAUCUAUACGCCCACUAAAAUCAAUGGUCGGAUCCACUCGACGGCCAUUCUGUACGUUCACAUCGCACUACUGAUGAUGCAGUUCCAGGUCUUCACGUUUCUGUUGAUGCGCACCAAAGGGUCUAAUGUGUUGGCCUUCUCUACGUUUGUCCUAUUGAUAGCACUGUUGGUCUUCUCCGGCCACUGCUUUUUCCAUUGGUUCCGCAAUAUUAAUCACUUGACAUAUAGUGUGACGACUAAAUUGAAUACAAGACACCGGAAGUAUGACUACUGUUCGUGCGCUUACGCGCCGCCCGUUUUCAAUGCAUUACUGGCCGACGGAGUGGUCACUAAAGAGCAACUAAUCGCCAGCAAUGGUCUCAACACU